AAAAAAAAAAAAAAAAGCUACUCCUUAAUUGCUUAAUGAUGUAAGCAAAGCAAAACACCACCUUCUCAUCAACCUCCCCUAAAAUCAAAAAAUUAUUUAUAUAUAAAACCCUCUUCUCCUUCCAAUUUACAUCCUCUCCCCAUUUUCUCUUCUUCAUUCACUCAACUCGUUGACAUCAACACUUUCUCUCUCUAACUCAACUUUCUCUCUCCUCCCAAAAAUAAAAAAACAUGCAAGGAGUUCAACACCAAGUAAGGCUAGAACUAACAACGGCAGGUAACACAUCACCACUAGCAAUCGACGUCUCAGAAUCAGCAGAAGUAAGGAUCCAACGGCUAAUAACAGAGAAUCCAGUAGUCAUUUUCAGCCGUCCAUCUUGUUGCAUGUGCCACGUCAUGAAGAAUCUCCUCCACACGAUUGGGGUUCAUCCAACGGUGAUUGAGUUAGAUGAGGUUGAGAUCGCCGCCAUACCUCCCAACACCGGCGAAGAUUCCGGCGAAGCUCCGGCGUUGUUUAUCGGUGGGACACGUGUCGGUGGAUUAGAAAGCCUCGUGGCACUCCACCUCAGCAAUAAGCUUGUUCCUUUGCUUGUUGAUGCUGGUGCUCUUAGUCUUUCUGUCCCUCUUUGGGUAUGAUCAUAAAUUUCAAAAAAAAAAUUAAAUUAUUUUGGUACUAUUUUGAGUAAGUCCAAUAAUAAUAAUUAUAAUAAUGAUGAAAAUUAUUAUUGUUAUUAUUAUUAUUUUAGGAUUUUCUUAAUUAAUUCCCAACCCCCUCCCCCCUUCUAGAAUGCAAAAAAUUAAUAAGUUAUAUAGAGUAAUUAUUACUUGAUUAAUGAUGAUGAUAAUAAUACUUGAAUAUUAAGUUGUAAUAAUAUUUGUAAUUUUGAGGAGGAAAAGAGGGGAAAAAUAGGGAAAAUCGAAAAAAAAGAGUGUAUUAUAUGAAAAUUAUGAUGUUUUUAUUUAACUGAAUGUAUAGUUAUUAAGUGGAAUGACAAGUGAGAAGUGUGCAUGAUUAGAGUACGUGUUUGGUUAUAAAUUGUAUUGGUAUCUUUUCAUUUUUAGUUAUGCAUGAGAUUAUUGAUUCCUUUUA